AUGUAUUUCUCCUACACACCAUCUCCACCCUCAACCAGCUACUCCACCUCCGCCAUGGAAAUCCCCUCUUCCUCCAGCUCACGUCCCCAAUCCCCCUCAUGUGCCUUUCCCUCCUGGCCGCGCCGCUCAUCCAUGAACAGCACCGACGCCCUGGAUUCUCAGUCACAAAACUACUCAUACACCUCUUCUGCUUUCAGCGACGAAGAGCUUUCUUGCGGACUAUACACAUCGGUCUUUGAAGAAGAAGACUGUUCUCCACUCACCACCCCCAACAUUCGAUCUCCCUCCGGCUCCAUGUGCGAACCACAAUAUGUCGUCGUCGACAACGCAGCUCUGAUGCGCGAAUUAAUUGCACAACAUGCUGCUGAAAAGGCUCAGAAGAAGGAGAAGGCUGCGGCGGACAAGAGCAAGAAGAGACACGGAAGUGGAUCGAGAAAAUCAAGACAUAGCUCCGGUGCAAAUUCGAGUAAACAUAUGACUCCUAUUGCCGAGGCUGGCGAAUGA